AUGGAUAUUCUUUUGCAGGCGGCGGAGCUAAUAGCGAGAAAUGAAGCGGAGGAGGGUGAAUUCCAGGAUGCGCCAGGUGGAUUGCCAACGCCGUCAACGCGCCGAGGGUCUCGCAACAAUGCUGUGGACCCACAUCCACAGCCGGAACGGUCCAUAACCCCGGGGUUCUUAUACGCACAAGCUCAUCAUAGUCUCGGUGAACCCAUGCCCUCCAUUCCACCCUGGAUGACUGGCGGGCGCUGGACAGUGUUCCAUCCCGAAGUCCAGCAGUGGUUGAACGUAUGCCGAGAGGUCCCACUUAUUAAAGGCAAUGAGUCCAUUGAGAGAAUGGAGGAGGAUUUGAAGCAACUUCCGCCGCCUCCUCAAGACCAGCGUUUAUUCGCGUUAGCGGCACUAGAAGUUCUGCGCACCCCGCGUUGGUUGGCUCACUGGAAAGUGUGGCAUAUCUCUGUGAGGUCUACUACGCUGGAGUGCGUGCUCAGGGAGCUCACACUUGACCGCAUUCUCAAUCCGACCUCUGGGAUCGAAGUGAAUGACAUUUCCAGCCUCGUCAAUCACCAAAUAUCCCGAUCUCAGGGACUAGCACCUGUGUCGUGGUAUAUGGAGUCCACAGAUGUACGCAAGACGUCCACAAAGAAACGCGGCGCUGUUGCUGAAGAGGAAACGGAGAGUAAAUCAGUGGCUCCUCCGAAAAAGAGGCAAAAGGAGUUACAGGCUCCCAAAAGAAGAUCCAGCCGUCUAGCAAAGGGCGCGAGCAUCGCAGAAGAGCAGCCGGCGCUCUCGAAUCCACCAACUGAUGGCGACGAAGAAGAACCAAUCGCAGCCAUAUCGGUCGCUGACGCCCCCGUUGGUCCUGACGCUUUUGGUACAUCAGGACCCACUAAGGAGAACGUCCCUCCCUCUUCUCAAAGCGCAGACCAGGCACCCCGUCAGGAAGAGGAUGCACAGCCCUCGUCACCUCCCGUCUCCCAGCACAAAUCUGACCCCAAGGUUCAACAUUCCAGGCCCGUAAAGCCACUGUCUACACUUGGGGGGAGGACCGUACGCUUGGUUCCACCCGUAGGGGAAUCUGCACCCUCUGCCAAAAAGGUGGCAGAUUCCUCAUCCGAGAUCGCUCUCGCUCGUAAGGCGUCUGAGACCGGUGAAAGUGCCGCGGUAGAGAAGGGAGUACAGGACCAGCCCGCUAGCAAGCCCAAAGAAGUGAAAAAGGGACGGAAGAAAGAGGUCCCAGGUCCUCCUCCCACAGUCACGGAUAAAGCGGAGGAGGGGCAUCAAGUUGCUCUGCAGCCUGAAGUAGAGGCAGAGCCGAAUGAGAAGCUACAAAUAACGAAAGGCGGAUCUGGUACGAAGCGUAGUGGCAACAAAAAGUCAAAGGCGCCACCCGUGGAGAAAGCUUGCGCUGAGGAGGGCGGUAUAGUUCAGAAAGAUACGUCGGCGGCUGAAGAGCCCGAACCGCCAAAGCUCGCGGGGAAAGCACCAACGAAGGCAAAACGAGGGGGAAAGAAGGCCGGACCUGCUGAGAACUCUACGGCGCCUAGAAAUACUGCAGCCGGACAGGUGGCUGCGGAGCCAAGCCAGGCCUCCGAUGUAAAGCAGAACAAGCGUUCCAGGGCGGCGAGUACGAAGAAGAAGCAUGGACAAGGUGCUACUGCUCGGCGUAGAGUCAAGUCAGAUCAAAGCGAGCAGCAGACUGAAGGAGAUGCACCGGUACCGUCUUCAUCGUCCCUCGCGGUGGCGACCGAAUUGCCUUUGGAUUCAACUACAGGAGGAUCCAGACCGCGCAGAAGCAAGACUCCCUCCCAGAGGCUACUCGAUGCGCAAAAGGGCGCUAGGAAAUAA